CGUGCUUCAGGCGCUCAGGAAAUAUAAACAUUUAGAUAGGAGGUGAGUCACUCCGUCCCUCCACUCCUCUUUCCAAUUUCCAUGCUCUACCUCUCUCCUCUCUUUCACCCUCUUUUUCUCUGCACUCGCUCGCCCGCCUGCUCCGAUUCUCUGCAUUCUUACCCAUAUUGCGCAACCGCCUUUGGUCUUUUGCUCGAGUCGAUCAGUCUUCCUGUUGCCACGAGAGGAGCUCUGUCAGUACUUAGAUAAGAGGGGGAUAGAGAGCCAGGGAUAGAGAGAAGGAGAGAGAGGGAAAGCUGCAGAGAAAGAGAGAGACAGAGGGAGAGAAGAACUUGACUGUUGAAGAACUUUAUAUGUGUGACACCAAAAGUUGUGUGGAAACCAAGACACGGGAGACUUGAGUCUGCAAGAGAGCGAGCCCGCGCGAGAGAGGAACUUGCGUAUUGCAGAGGAAAACCGUAAACAACUUUUUUCUUCCGUAAGAAGACCAGAAAAAGGACCUGCUCAGAAGCAAAGAACAGUAAGAGAAAGAAGCACGCUGAAAACAAGAAAGAGAGAGAGAGGGAGAGGGGGAGGGGGAGAGAGAGCCAUGCCUAAGGGUUCACAGUUGACUGUCCAAAAGUUGUGAACAGAAACACAGAAACAGACUUGUGUGUACGUGAGGCUCUGAGGAAAAGGAGAAGCUGCUGGUUGUGGGACGUCCCUGUGUGUUUAUAUGUGUGUGUUUGUGUGUAGUCAAAGACGGCCUCUAUACACACACACACACAUGCAGGACACACACACAUACCCAUGACACACACACACACAGCCAGAUACUCCCCUGCCAGCCUUUACAAGAGCAACGGACAAACACAGCACCAAACUGCCGUGGGAGCUGCAUGGUCACGAUCUAAACGAUGAUAAGAACUCGUCUGUCGCAGAGACGUCAAAGAACCAGUGGCACACUCUGGCUGCAGGAUUAAGGGCCAGUUGAGGAGGAGACCUCGGGGCUGGAGGGACCAGAGCGGGAGGUGUGGAUAGGGACCAGGGCGACUGCUUAAAGGACCGCUGCUGUCUGGGACAGGAAGACACAGGCACUGGGGAGGUGGGACACAGGAGAUUUCCUCAGUGGAGGCCCCGACGGAAGGCCCGAGUGACGGCAGAGCGAGCGUUUCACUAAAAGUGCUGGAGUGGGUGAAAAGCUCACGGUGCGAAAGGCGAUACAAACUAAGUUGACAGGAGACCACUUACCCCAGACAGACUCUCUCUCUCACACGCACAGCCUGUCUGCGCUGUGAUGGCACAGAAGAAACUGAUGUGGCAGAUUGGAGCGGAGGAGGGUGAGGCUGACGACCUCGUGUCCGGGGAAUUUGCCCCGUCCUCACCGGUCAGCUCCCCGCCGAUCUCUGAACCAGGUCGCAGCAGCUGUGGGAAUGCCCUCUUCAGACGCAUGAGGCUCAACCGCAGCAUUCAGGAGCGCAGACGCUCUCUCCACCGGGGUUUCAGUUUCGAUGGGGAGAAUGGGCCAUCUCCUGGCCGCAGUCCCAUGGAUUCGCAGGCGAGUCCAGGCCUGGUGCUCCAUCCGUCCUUCCCGCAGAGCCAGCGGCGGGAGUCCUUCCUGUACCGCUCCGACUCGGACUAUGACAUGUCGCCCAAGACCAUGUCCCGCAACUCCUCCAUCAACAGCGAGUGCCAUGCUGAGGACCUCAUAGUUACUCCUUUUGCUCAGGUGUUGGCCAGCCUCCGAACUGUAAGAAGCAACUUCACCAUUCUCGCCAAUGUCACCACCUCACCUACUACUAACAACCGACUCUGCUACGGAUCCGGUCUUAAUCUGGUGCCAAUGUCAGGAUCUGUGCCAGACUGUUCCACUUCAGCGUCAGAUCCGUGCCAGUCCUGCGCCAGAUUCGCGCCGGCUCUGUCUCAGGGUCAGCUUCUCUCUGGGAGGGAUUGCAUGGCUGCCCAUCCUCCCCAGAUUCCUCUCUACAAUAACCGCUGCCUGUACAUGUCUGACCAAGCCCUCAUUCUGAGGAAGAGGCCUCCAUGCGUCGGCGUGUGUUAUGCUGACCCGUCAAGCGUGGAGCCUGUCAGAAACCCGUCCGGCUGUGACACCUCUCCUGGGAGGUCACCAGUGACAAGCCAACCCACUGUUCCCAAGGCAACGCUCUCUGAUGAGACGUACCAGCAGAUGGCCCGAGAGACCCUGGAGGAGCUGGACUGGUGUCUGGACCAGCUGGAGACCAUUCAGACGCACCGCUCCGUCAGCGAGAUGGCCUCCAAUAAGUUUAAGAGGAUGUUAAAUAGGGAGCUCUCCCACCUGUCGGAGAUGAGUCGCUCUGGGAACCAGGUGUCUGAGUACAUCUCCACCACUUUCCUGGACAAACAGAAUGAUGUGGAGAUCCCAUCGCCCACCUUGUCGGAGCGGGAGAAGCCCAUGUGCCGCAUCAGUGGUGUGAAGAAGCUCACACACAGCACCAGCCUGACCAGCUCCAGCCUGACCGACGCCACCAUGCCCCGCUUCGGAGUCAAGACUGAGCAUGAGGAGUCACUGGCCAGGGAGCUGGAUGACUUGAACAAGUGGGGCCUUAAUAUCUUCCAUGUGGCGGAGUACUCCAACAACAGACCACUCAGCUGCAUCCUGUACGCCAUUUUCCAGGAGCGGGAUUUGUUCAAGACGUUUCGGAUCCCCAUGGACACGUUUGUGACCUACGUGAUGACCCUGGAGGACCACUACCAUGCCAACGUGGCCUACCACAACAGCCUGCAUGCCGCCGAUGUCACGCAGUCCACACAUGUGCUGCUCUCCACCCCUGCCCUGGACGCUGUGUUCACUGACCUUGAAAUUCUGGCAGCGUUGUUCGCUGCUGCCAUUCAUGAUGUGGACCAUCCUGGAGUCUCCAACCAGUUCCUCAUUAAUACUAACUCAGAGCUGGCGCUGAUGUACAACGAUGAGUCAGUCCUGGAGAACCAUCACCUGGCCGUGGGCUUCAAGCUCCUACACGAGGAGAACUGCGACAUCUUCCAGAGUCUGAGCAAGAGGCAACGGCAGAGCCUCCGCAAGCUCGUCAUUGACAUGGUGUUGGCAACGGACAUGUCCAAACACAUGAGCUUGUUGGCCGACUUGAAGACGAUGGUGGAGACAAAGAAAGUGACAAGCUCUGGAGUGCUGCUGCUGGACCACUACACUGAUCGCAUCCAGGUGUUGAGGAACAUGGUGCACUGCGCUGACCUGAGUAACCCCACCAAGCCUCUGGCUGUGUACCGCCAGUGGACAGAGCGCAUCAUGGAGGAGUUCUUCAGGCAGGGGGACAAGGAGCGAGAGAGGGGCAUGGAGAUCAGCCCAAUGUGUGACAAACACACCGCCUCAGUGGAGAAGAGUCAGGUGGGCUUCAUCGACUACAUCGUCCAUCCCCUGUGGGAGACGUGGGGUGACCUGGUGCACCCAGAUGCCCAGGACAUGCUGGACACACUGGAGGACAACAGGGACUGGUACCAGAGCACCAUCCCCCAGAGCCCGUCACCGCCGGCCGACCACCCGCACAACCAGCUGGACGCCUGCGUGGACAAGUUCCAGUUCGAGCUGACGCUGGAGGACUCCAGCGAGGGCGGCGGUGGAGGUGGGAUGGAGGCAGGUGAGCAGGAGGCGGAGCAGGGAGACGAGCCCAGCCAGAACCACGUGGACCGCAGAGAGGCCUGCUGCUACAGGGAGGAAGAGGAGGAGGAGGAGGAGGAAGGAGAGGAGAAAGGAGGGAGAAAGGGUGUGGAGGAGGAGGAGAAGAUGGAAGAGGGUGAGGAAGAGGAGGAGGAAGAGGAGGGUGCACGGGGGGAGCGUGUCGGUCAGCCUGGCCGGCGACGGCUGCAGGUCCAGUCGGUGGUGGUGGAGGAGGAUGACGAGGCGGCAGAGGAGUCGUCCUCGCCCGCCGACGACACAUGA